UGAUACCAUUUCUUUGGGCGGUGAAAAAUUGGUACGGGGAUUGAGUGGCAUUGAAGUAUUUGUUCUAAGAUUGCAAUUUACAACCCUCGUGCUGCGUGUUUACAUCGAUCGUGUGUGAAAACUCUACAAUUCCCUAAUUUUGAAUCCCGUUGCUUCCUUCUCCUCCAAUCCAAUCCAAUCGUCUCUGAUACUUGUGAGAUCUUAAGUAACACAUAAGAUCAAGCAGAGGAGGAGGAAACAAAGGGGGAUGGCUGAUGAAAAGGCAGUUGUGGAAGGUGAAAAGAAAGAGACAAGUCCUACUGCUGCUGCUGGUAAUGGGAAGAAGAAGCGCAAGGGAUUUAUUUCCCGAAUUUGGAAUGGAAUAUUUAGGUUACACGGUGAUGAUUUUGAGAAGAGACUCCAAUACAUUUCUAAAGAGGAAGCUGCAGUUAUUGCUAGAAUGAGCAGGAGAUCCCGAUCCUGUAGGCGGAUAUCCCGGAAUGUUAUUGUACUUGCUGUUAUGUUUGAGGUCAUUGCUGUAGUUUAUGCUAUUCUGACGACAAGAUCAAUGGAUAUGAAUUGGAAAAUGAGGGCAAUCCGGGUUUUGCCAAUGUUUCUUUUGCCUGCAUUAGCAUCCGCUGGUUAUUCAACAUUUAUCAGCUUCACAAGAAUGUGCGAUCGCAGGGACCAGAAAAUUCUUGAAAAUCUUCGAGCUGAAAGGCAAGCAAAAAUUGAUGAACUCAAAGAAAAGACAAAUUAUUACACUACUCAACAGCUCAUUCAGAGAUAUGACCCAGACCCAGCUGCAAAGGCAGCUGCUGCAACUGUUUUGGCAUCUAAGUUGGGUGCGGAUUCUGGUUUGAAAGUGUACGUUGGAGAUGAAUCCAAUCCCAGUGCUCCAAUGGGGAAGAGCAAUGAUGUUGAACUUGUGCAGUCCACUGGACUCCGAAACCGGAAACAAGUUAACUCUAGAUCCACUAGUCCAGGGACAAACGCACCAAAUUUUGCUGAUCAACAAUUAGUUGGUUCAGCAGGAAAUGAUCAAACUCAGACUUCUGAGUAUAAUCAGCUUCUUGUUGUUGAACAUCACCAACCUCAAAGUUCAACCACACAAGAUGGAGGAUGGAUUGCACGAAUUGCAGCGUUGCUUGUGGGUGAGGAUCCAACGCAGUCUUACGCUCUCAUAUGUGGCAACUGCCAUAUGCAUAAUGGUCUAGCUCGGAAGGAGGAUUUCCCAUUUGUCACUUACUACUGCCCGCACUGUCAUGCCCUGAACAAACCGAAGCAAUUGGAUGAGCAUAUCUCUGGUCUUACUCCCCUAAACAUGGAACCUCCAAAAACAGACGAUGAUGAGGCAGAUAAAAAUGCUAGCACUUCUGCAGCUGAGAGCAUAAUCACAAGUGAUAGUCCCGUAAAUGCUACCGCAGCUGAGAGCAUAAUCACAAGUAAUAGUCCCAUAAAUGCCACCGCAGCUGAGAGCAUAAUCACAAGUAAUAGUCCCGUAAAUGCUACCCCUGAGAUUGAGGAAGUAUCAGAAAUGGCUAGUUUGGAGGAGAAAGAUGAUGAGAUUGAGGAAGUAUCAGAAAUGGCUAGUUUGGAGGAGAAAGAUGAUCAAAAGGGCAGCCUUUCUUUGGGAUGAUAUGUCUUGCCCCUUGUUUAGGGCACGGACUGACAUAAAGGGGAGGAACUUUGCAAUUGUAUUCCUUGGUUGGCUUUGCAUCAGGAAGAGUGCUGAAAUGCUUGGGAUACAUCUUGUGAUUUGUGAUACAUAUAGAUUACAUGUAUUGUUUGAGUUACGGCAAUUUCGGCAUUUUUAUUUUUAUUUUUUUUAUAUAUAAAUGUUAUAUUGUGAUAGUGUUGUAAUUUGAAACUUGGAUUGU